AUUUACUCGAUAAAAAGUUCCCAAGCACGCCAAUCGUGUCUUCCAAUAUUAUCAUGAUAUUUCAAUUAAAGUUUCAAAAAAAUAUAUUGAAAGAUGCACUAUGCAGGAUUGACUAGUUUAUUCCAUGCCAACAACCAUUCCAUGAUUUUGGCCAUUUUGAUGGCCUUAUUGGAAAACCAGUGUACUUCUAGGAGGUUUCUCUUCAUCCCAUUUUCCUAAUAUAACUGAAGAAAUGCAGUUUUGUGCGUUACAGAGGUGUUAGCUAGAGUUCCUUCCUAAGUCCUUCCAUGGCUAGAAUCUUCCCAAUUUUCGCUACCCAAGUCACCAUCAUCUUCAUCCUCUCUUUCUUCACCAUAAAUUUAGCCAUAGGGGAUUAUGAUACCUUUGUUAGAAGCAUGGACAGGAAGCUAUUAGGUGUGAAGAAAGAAAAAAUCAGUCACUUCCGUCUCUACUGGCACGACAUAGUCAGCGGCCGCAACCCCAGUUCAAUCCCAGUUGUCCAGCCGGUGACCAAUUCGUCAACUUUUUUUGGGUUGAUCAGCAUGAUCGACAAUCCCCUGACGCUGGGGCCAAAAUUGAGUUCCAAGAUGGUGGGAAAGGCACAAGGGUUUUACUCCUCUGCUUCGCAGGAGGGAGUCGGGCUGUUGAUGGCCAUGAAUUUUGCUUUCAUGGAAGGGAAAUACAAUGGAAGCACGAUUACAAUCCUGGGAAGGAACCCAGUGUUUGCGGAGGUGAGGGAGAUGCCGGUGGUCGGAGGAAGUGGACUUUUCCGGUUUGCAAGAGGGUAUGUUCAGGCAAGGACUCAAUGGCUUGAUAACAAGACUGGGGAUGCCAUUAUUCGUUAUGAUUGUUAUGUGAUGCACUAUUGAUUAUUCCUUUAAACUUUUUUUCUUUUUUCCCUUUUUUUGAACAUGAUUGUGCUUCUUCCACAUUUAAUAAUUUAUGGCUAAUUAUUAGACGGUGGGGUUUGUUUUGUUUUUUUUCUUUGGGUAUAUGUGACUCUGACAUUUGUGGAAAACGAUGCUUAUUAUCUUCAAGGUAAUAGGCUUCAGCAACAGGACACUAAGUUUGUGUAUCUUGAGGGUGUCGUAGUAAAGUUCAUCACUUUUU